AUGGAAUUAUUGACACCUCAUCCUACCCGUCCUAACCAUUAUUCUUGGCUCAAUCAUGUAAAAGACCCAGUUUACAUCUUACCUAACCCUAGCAUCUCCGCCUUUUCCACCAGCGACCCUGAAACUUGGUUCUUACCUGACGAUUUAGACGAUGAUGAUGAAAUGCAGGUCGACCAUUCCAAUGCUGGUAGUCCAUUUGAAACCGAAGACCAUUAUGACCUCCCGAUCCAACAAUUGCCACCACCCCUUUAUGGUCAGCCUUCGGGAGCACAUUUUGAGCCACAACAUGAGUACCACUCUCAACCGCAGCACAAUGAGCCCGAUCCAAACAUGAGUUUCCUCUUGAUAUCUACAGUCAGCUUGCUUCCUUGCGCCUCCAGGGCAAUCGGAAUACAGCCGCCAUUCGCCGCAUCGAGGAGCAGCAAGCCCGCGCCAACAAAUAUAUGGAGGAUCUUUGGUAUCAUUUUCGGCCCGACAACGGUUACCCCCCUCGUGGGCCUCCUCCAUCUUGAUCCCGGUAUGAUCCUUCCUUACUCUCAUCCUAAGCAUUGA